AUGAUUGACAAAACAAAGAGAAACAAUGUUGCCUCUUUAGAGGCAGCAAUUCCGCUCAAUGACGACGGUGGCUUCAUCCCGCUUCAACUUCCACUGGAAGAAGGAGAAGGGUUGCUCUGCCUGGGAGUGCCGCCUAAUUCCUGUUACCUUGAAUCGUUUGAAAGCUGCAUUGAUGCGGAUUCCGUCUACGGGGACUUGCCUCGUCCCGCCUUCUUGCCAGGAUGCUGUCCUGUAUCUGGGCCUGCUGAAGGUGCUAGUAAUUGUCAGGAACUCGUGGAGGGCUUCUGGCAUGGCGACUUUGCCUUCAAGUUUGAAGCCGACGUUCCCAAGACAACCAAGGAUACUUUGUCUAUAUGUGCCUGGGUCCGAAGCGAAGAAUCGGAAGAUAUCAAUGCUGCAGUGAAGCUGGUAUUUGGCUUUGAGAAUGGAAGGACCAUCUUUCGUCAUGUCUUCAGCGACCGUAUUCAAUUCCAAUUGUCCAAAGAAGAGCUCCAACUCUUGGCGUGUCGAGUGCUUCAUCAGUUUCUUCGCCAGUUUGGCUGGAUGUUGCCCUGGACGUUUUUGAGUGCCAUGUUCAGCACUCUUUCCUUCGUGUUGGCCACCAAGACUUCCAGAUUAAGCGAGCUUUUGGAUCUGUGCAUCGUCAGGACUGAUUUGAUGCUUCAUAUUAUCGCAGGCUUCGACGAUGCCAAAGCUAUUGGAGCCGCCAUGUCUGAGAUUGGACGAGCUCUAGAGUCUGCGGGACGCUGCAACCAGGCCGGGGACCUAUACGUGGAGAUUGCCAAGGAAUACAUUGCGUCCAAUGUGGACUUGAAGGCCCAAGCCUACUCAAGUGCUGGAAAGGCGUUUUUAAAGGCGCAGGCUUGCGAUGCCGCUCUGCAACAUCUCUUGAUCGGUCUGCAGGUUUUGGCAUCCGGCAACGCGUUGGAAUGGAAUAGCCAGGCGUCAGCCGGUAUCAUUGCCAAUCUGGUAUUGCUGCAUCAGGAGGUGCACACCAAGUCACUUGAGAGCAGGAGGGGCCAAGCGACUCAUGACACGACGUCGCUUACAGACGAGGAGAAACUCUUCCCGGCCGUGGCUUGUCUACUUGUCAAGGCCGGGUUCGAUCCACUUGACCAGCCGGCUGCUGCUUUUCGGAUCCAAGGUCAAGGUCAAAGCAGCAUGUGCAUGGACAGACUCAAGCCCGAACUAAAGAAAAGGAAGCAAGCUAGACAGUUGCUGAUGCGCCUGUUUCGCAGUGGGUCGGUGGAUUCCUACAAGGACGGACUCGUGUCUGCAAUG